AUGGAUUGGAAAACGGAUAUUGUUCGUCAAUUGAAAGGUCGCAAAGAUCAUUGGAACUCUUAUGAUGAAAUUAUUACACAAUACAAUCAUCUUCUGGAGCAGUAUAUUAUUCUUCAGAACCAACGUUCUAAGCUAGAAAAAGACGUAGGACAAUUGCGUUUAACAAACGCUGGAUUAGAAAAAGCUUCUGAAGCUAGUCAAGAAUUAGCAAAUGUGAACAAUAAGUUGUCGGUUGCGACUGAAGAGGUCGUCAUGCAUUUGCGCGAAAAAGGUGAACUUGCUGGAGAAGUUCUACGAUUGAAUCGUGCGUUGGUUGAAGCAUCGGACAAGCUAGCGAAAGAAGAGUCCAAAGUUCAACAAUUUAAAGACGAAAACGACCAAUUGAUUGCCAAAAUUGAGAAAACGGAAUUUGAUCUAAACGAAUAUAUUAGCAUAAAUCAUAUCCUUCGAGAAGAAUUUGUUGCUGCACAAACAAAACUCGAUCAGUUGCAGAUAGAAUACAAUCGUUUGAAGCCAUUGAGCCUCGAGUUAGAACAGCAACUAGAAAUGGAAAGACGAUUUGGUAAACAGCGUGAAGAAGAACUAUUAGAAUCUAAACGAGUUCAAUUGGAAAUGCUCAAUGCUGAAGUUGAGAGAUAUAACAGACGAGUCGAAGCUCGGAAAGAGUCAGUAGCAGGUGACAAUGGUCCUUUAUCUGCUCCAAUUGGAAAACGUGGAUCGGAUGCGAGCUUAAAUAGUUUGAAUAGGUCUUCAACUGCAUCAGAUGAUGCUUCCAAUCGAAAACCAACAGUCAAUGGUUUAACUCUUGGUGGGGUCAAUAUACUCUCAGGUUUUAAACGACUUUUCAAUCCUGGAAUCGCGACGAAUGCCCCCGUCGAUCAUUUGAAUCGAUCAUCGACAUUUUGUAUGUCAGCGUCAGUUCCAACUGGAGAAGCGCACCGUUGGGAAUGCACUGACCUAGAAGUUUACGCUAUUCAAUUUCAUCCGUCAGGCUCCUUGCUGGCAACAGGUUGUAGUGAUAAAAUGAUCUAUCUAUGGGAAAUCAGUUCUUUGGGCAUGCCCUAUAAAAAUAGUACACUCUACGGUAGUCAUGGUGCAAUCAAUGCAUUAGAUUUCGACAAUGAAGGAGCUCGUCUAUUAGCUGGUUGUUCAGGUGAUAAAGCUUAUAUUUGGUCACAUGGUGAUAAUCGUGGACUUAAGGAUACUCACACUGGUCAUAAUGGUAUUAUUUAUACAUGCAAGUUUAUUUCAGGAACAAAAUUAGUGACAGGCAGUGCUGACCGUUUAAUUAAAAUCUGGGAUUUACAAAAUCGCCAAUGUAUUCAAACCCUAUUCGCUGGAUCGAAAUGUCAUGAUUUAGUAGUCACCGACGCGACUGGUACAAUUAUUAGUGGACAUUUUGAUAAAAAGAUUCGCAUAUGGGACGCACAAAGCGAUAAGUGUCGCGUUGAAUUGCAGUACAAUGCUGCAAUCACUUCCUUAUCGUACAAUGCAGGAAAAAGACAACUAUUAGCAUGUUUAAGAGACGACACAUUGAAAUUAAUCGAUUUACGCCAGAAUAGUCUUCUGCAUACGUUCACUCAUGAUCACUUUCAGAUCAGUACUGAUACGCAUAAGGCUGUUUUAUCACCGGACGGUAGCUAUGCAUGUACUGGCUCUCAAGAUGGUUCAUUACUUGUGUGGAACACAGAAGAUGGCAUGUGUGAAAAAGUCUUCGUGAAAAAACAUACGUCUAUGGUAACAUCGGUCGCUUGGCAUCCCGAAGGACGAUACGUUGCGUCGUCCGAAAAACAUCGACAGGUCAUUCUAUGGAAUAGCUAA